CUCUAAACCAACUUGUUAAUCCAUGGAGCAAAGCAAUAGUACAAUCCACUCCAAGACUCUGAUAAAGUCCUUAAAUAUGGCUCAUGGACACCGAAGCCAGUUCUUGAGGCCACUUCAUAUACCCCCAGAUAACCCGACAUUCGUUCUAUACAUGUACGUACUCUCGUAACAGAUCGUCGUGCGACUUCGAUCAUGGAUUCCGAAGACAGCUUGAAAGAGAAGAAGGAGCCUGGAAGAGCAGACUCCCUGACGUCACGCGUAUCGAUACCCCCCAAUUCUCCUCCGUCGGACACCAGGAACAGCAGCGUCGUUGGCCCAAUUCGAAACCGGUCCGGUUACCAGAAGGAUGAGAGGUAUUCUUCCGGUGCUCCGUUGCAAUCGCACGCUACCACCGCGUCGGAUCGAGCCCCCGCGGUGGCUAACACCACCCUCUCCACCAUCCGAUCGCGACGCCCAGUGCCCCCAUUCACUCAUCCCCUGGCCAGAGAGAAAACCGCACAAGAUGUCAUUGUAGAGUUUGAUGGGCUUGAUGACCCUUACCACCCCAUGAACUGGAAAGUGGGCAAGAAAAUAUGGACGACGGCGCUAUAUGGCCUAACUACGAUGGGCGCCACGUUCCUCUCGUCCGUCUAUACUCCUGCCGUUCAACAGGUCACCGAUCAGUUCGAGGUCGGGCGGAUAGUCGGCCAGCUAGGUCUGGCCCUUCUUCUUUUCGGAUUCGGCGUGGGGCCGCUUCUCUGGGCCCCCAUUUCCGAAGUGUAUGGCAGAAAGAACGCCGUCAUUCUGCCAUAUUUUAUCGCGACGAUGUUUGUUUUCGGGUCCGGUGCCGCGAAAGAUAUCCAGACUCUGAUGAUCACUCGGUUCUUCGCCGGCUUCUUCGCCUCCGCGCCGAUCACGAACACCGGCGGUGUCCUGGCCGAUAUCUGGCCCGCGCAGCAGCGGGCUGCGGCCAUGGUGGGAUACGCCAUGGCGGUCAUCGUUGGGCCGAUAUUCGGUCCAAUCGUCGGGGGAGCGAUCAUUAUCAGUGGCGGGUCAUGGAGAUGGACGGAGUUCACGGCGGCCAUCCUGAUGAUGAUCUUCCUCGUUCUGGAUAUAAUAUUCCUGGACGAAUCAUUCCCUCCCGUGCUGUUGGUUUACAAAGCUCGGCGACUGAGGUUUGAAACCGGGAAUUGGGCACUGCACGCCAGACAUGAAGAGUGGGAUGUCACGCUGAAGGAGCUGGGAAAUAGAUAUUUGGUGCGGCCGUUCCAAAUGCUGUUAACACCGAUCUGCUUCCUCGUGGCGCUAUAUGCGUCCUUCGUCUACGGGAUUCUCUACGGAAACCUCGCCGCAUUCCCAAUCGUCUUUCAGGAGAUUCGAGGGUGGAAUGUAUUAGUCGGAUCGUUGCCGUUCCUGGGGCUACUGAUCGGAGUUCUUCUUGGUGCGGUCAUCAACAUCGUCAACAACACGUAUUACACCAAGUGCCUAAAAAAGAACGGCGGCCGCGCCGUCCCCGAAGCUCGCCUCCCACCGAUGAUGCUCGGUUCCGUCCUCUUCGCAACCGGCCUGUUCCUCUUCGGCUGGACCGCCGACCCGCGCUUCCACUGGAUCGUCCCGGUCGUCGGAGCCGCGUUCAGCGGCAUCGGAUUCUUCACGAUCUUCCAGGCAUGUCUAAACUACCUCAUCGACACGUUCACGCAGUAUGGAGCGAGCGCGGUCGCGGCAAACACGUUCCUCCGAAGCGCGGUUGGCGGUGCGUUCCCGCUGUUCAUGGGCCCAAUGCUGCAUAAUAUGGGAGUGAAUUGGGGCAUCAGCGUGUUUGGGUUCUUCGCAGUGGCGCUUAUUCCUAUUCCGUUUAUGUUCUUUGUUUUUGGCAAGCGUAUCCGGGCGCGAGGGGUCUGGUCUCGGGCAUCUGCAUGAACGUGCCUGGCGUUCUUGUGGUUGUGUCUGAACGUGUCUUCAACUAGAAGUAUAGCGAGGCGUUCAUCGAGGGUUUGCAUGUUAUGAUUCCAAUGAUCGAAGUAUUGGGAUCUAGAGUUUUAUGUUAGUUUAGAGAUACCUAUCGAUAAUGCAUCUCCAAUU